UGGGACUUGGGAUUGUGGCACAGCGUGAAAUCCUUUCACUAUUUCUUGAACAUCGUUUAAAAAAAAAGGUUCAUUGUGAUUUACAAGCUGCCAUCUUGGUUGGUUUCAUUUCUAGCUACUCGACGUAAAGAGGAUAUCUUGAGCAAAGACGAUCCAAAAGGACCAAAUGGCAUCUUGGCCACUAAGGCCUUUCACGUACAAGUUGGAGUCUAGUGUUGAUGAAAGGCGCUUGUUCACGCUGGCUUCCUGACUGUAUGAAAGUCGUCCCAGUGCACUGAAGGGUCCUAAGAAGAGGAUUGGUUCAGACUCUUCGAAGUCUGUAUGUGUGUGCAAUCACAUGAUCCUAAACUACACAGAAGAAUUCUAUCGAAAAACAUGGGGCAUAAAACACUGCACUGCCUCCUUGUCAUCCGUCCAUAAGAGGCCCACUCUCAUCCUGCUGUACAAGAAGCAAAAAGGCCCCUGCAUAUGUCUGUGCCUGCAUGCGUGCCUCUUCACAUGCAUGUGUGUUGUAUGUUAUCUGCCACAACAGCCCCUGUUCCAUCCAGAUGAGUACAUCCAAAAUCGAAGCAACUUUAUUCCUAUUGUGUGUGUGUGUGUGUGUGUAGCGAGGGUGCUAGAAGCAGGGCAAUGUGAGUGUGACGGCGCUAGGGAGAGGUGACCAAAGCUCAUCCGACUUGGCAAGGGGAAGCGGAAGUUUUUUUCCGGAGUGAAGCCUGAGACUUCACACAGAAGAGAGCAUGGAGUGAUUCCUAUUCUAAAAAUAGAUUCUUCCUCAGUGCUACUCCCCUUUCAAUAUCGAGACCGCCCUUUGCAGCAGCAAGAGCAAUUUGUUCUGCUAUUAUGUCGACAGUGUAGUAGCCCUCACCCUUUGGAUCGUGACAAUCUAACGGCGAGUUCCAUUUGGGCAUCUUUUGCAAAAUGCUGCUUUCAGUGCACUGGCACUGGCGGCUGCAGAAGUUGGGAACUUGACAGAAGGCAGCACAUCAGUUACAUCUGCAGCUGAUAAUCAGUAAAUGUGAGGCUUGAUUGCUUUGGAUAGACCAAAGGUAUGCGUAUCAGGAGCUCAAACAUAUAUUAGAUUUAGAUUGUAUGUUUCAUUUAAGCAUAUACCGCAGCAGACUGGGCUUGUCGUCACCAAUCUGUUGAGAUUCGGCUCUUUGUUCCGAGGGUUUCAGUAAUAUAAUAAUAAUAAAGAACCUAUCAUUCAUCAGUUCUCCUCUUGUAGUGGGGUGAGAGGGGGGGUCUGAGAGGAGGGGGGGAAUGAUUGAUGUUUCUGCAACGGGGUAGCACUGGUGUCAAAAAGUCUCAGGACAUCUAGGAGAGGGAGGACAUACUUAAGGAGGUCGCACUUCUUAUAACCCAAGUUCGUGCAGUAAUAGGUAACCUGUUGCCUGCAGGUUUCUGAGAACGCUAGGGACAGCAGCUUGCCUGACACACCAGUGAGUGUGCAACGGGUCGAAGGUUUGAACCCAACCACGAAAGGGUGAAUUGGGACAUCGCUUGCAGAGGUUAUCUCAUCCGCAUUAGAGUUCGAACCCAACCAAGGAAGGGUGCAAGGGAUCAGGAUAAAUGCCAUAAUGCCCACAAUGGCAGCAGUGCAGCAGCAAAUUGUGACUCUUCCGCUGGGCCUACCCUCAGGACAAGAUGCGUCGUGUCGACCCACAUGGUCUGCCUCUUUCUCGACAACCCUCUCGUGCAGUUAUGCAGCUGACUUGGCAUCCCGAUCAAGGCUGGCUUCAACGUGGGAACCGCGUGGAAGUCGCAAGGAUCCACGCAAGGACCUUCGCCAUGACCUCGCUCACUGCAACACAGCUCCUGCAAUGCCACCAAUAGCAAGAAACAGUUAUGGUUAUGGCUGCUGCUUCUUCUCCUCGGACUAUUGCAGCGAAGACCGCAGUGGUAGAACCUGUCUCAGAGCUUUGGAUUGCCGGCUCCGAUGUCUGGAGAAAGCGGCUGAGGGGAUGAAAGUGAAGCAAAGGUUCUUCAGACCAUCGCUGAACCGUGCUAGCAUUCCUGCUGAUAUUUCCUCCUCUGAAGAUAAAUGCAGAUGUGAAGGUGAUGAUGCUCUCCUUGUUUCAAAGGGACGUACAUUGAAAGGGGAGCAAAGAUUACCCAGACCAUCGUUGUACGGUUCUAGUUGUCCUACAGAUACGUCCUCCUCCGAAGAUGAACGCUGGUGUGAAGAUAAUGAUGCUCUCUUGGUUUCAAGGAGAAGUACAUUGACUGUGGUUCUUCUGUCAAUCAUGGCAGGCAUGCAUGGAGUCGACGCGUUGGGAUACCAACGUGCAUGGGCCGAUGACGGAUUCCUUAAGAAAGGACUUUCGAAGUACAUAAAGACAAAGAAGCUCGACCCGCUGGAAACAUUUGUCCCAUCCAUUCUGCUAAGCAGGGAUCAAAUCGAGUCAGUGGAUGGCUUGUUGACCGUUGAUGCCCCAGGUUUUAGCGAGGCACGCUCGCUCUUGCGAACGGGGGUUACUGCUUCUCUAAGGAUUGAUGCAAGGGCGGUGGCAAGUUAUGCUGCAGAGGCUGGACAGAGGUCAGUGGCAGAGAAAGCAGUGGCAGACUGCCUCUCGGCACUGGAGAAGCUUGAUUUUGAGUUGCUUGUCGCAUCUCGCAGCCAAACUGCCGUCCCGAUUGCACCCUUACAGGAGAGAGUGGCAUCUGCAGUUAGUGCACUCAAUACGCUAUUGGGAACGGUUCCAACUGAAAUCCUCCAGAAAGGUGAAGCUGCUGUGACAGCCUACAGACAGGCCAUGGCUGCUGCAAACGCUGAGGGCCAGCAGCAAGUGCCGCUGGGGGAGGAGAAUGCAGCAACUGACCUUCCCAGUGGAAGUGGGGGUGGAAGUGAGAGUGGGAGUGAGAGUGGGAGUGAGAGUGGGAGCGAGAGUGAGAGUGAGAGUGGGAGUGGGAGUGGUAGUGGGAGUGGAAGUAUGGUUCUGCAACUGUGAUUGCAUCACAGACAAUAAUCCUCCUUUGUUUUUUUCUUUCUCUUUGACUUUGAAGUGUCUUUCGAGGCUGACCAUGCAAAGAUGUGGUCCUACAGUAGU